AUUCUUGUACUAGCUGUCUUACUUUUGGCUGAAUCUAGUACUUGUUUAGCCUGUUUAGUAGUACUAAAUUCUCAUUUUUAUUGUGUUGUCUGAAGUGAAACAGUUGUUGAAGUGAGAUAGUGAGACAUUAUUAUGAUCAAGAUUCCUUUGUAGCUUAAUUUCAUAAAUUUGAGGGGUUUUUUCACUGAUCAAGAAUUUUUUUACAAGAUUUCAUAGAUAUAAGAUGCGAAGGCUCUUUCUUCUUUUUUUUCUGGGAUUUUUUUAUAUUCUUAAUUUUAUUGCUUAAAAACAGCAUGAUCAGUGAAACUAUGUGUUUGUUUGUUCUCAUACAUGAUUUUAGCUUCAUUUUCUUACAACCUGAGUGACUCUCUCUCUCUCUCUCUCUCUCUCUCUCUCUCUCUCUCUCUCUCUCUCUCUCUCUCUUUCUCUGUGUUGAUUCUUAGUUCUUGAUUCUUACAUCAAUUAUGAUCUAGAUUCCUUAGUUUCAGAAUUUGGAGUGAUUUUUACUGAUCAAGAAAAUAUUUUCAAGAAUUCAUAGAUAAUAAGAUGUUGUUGAAAUGACUACCCCGACAACUCAGUUCGCGCCAUCGGGAAGGUUGGGAUUGUAUGAACCGAUGCACCAGAUGAGCAUGUGGGAAGACACAUUUGAGGGCAACAUCAGCCCUGACGCCGCUGUCUGUAUGAUCAAUGAUGCCGAUUCUAAGAUAGACGACAAGAUUGAGUACACUUCGGACAAAUCAGUGGAGCAAGCUGAGGACUCUAGAGCUUCGAGAAGUAUAUCUGAGAAGAUACAGCGGCGAUUGGCUCAGAACCGUGAGGCUGCAAGGAAGAGUCGUCUCAGGAAGAAGGCUUAUGUUCAACAGUUGGAAACAAGCAGAUUGAAGCUAGCUCAGCUCGAGCUCGAGCUCGAGCGAGCUAGACAACAGGGAAUGCUUAUCGCCGGUGCAACGGCGCAUAUGGGCUUGUGUGGCACCGUGGGCUCCGGGAUUGCAUCGUUCGAGAUAGAGUACAGCCACUGGCUAGACCAGCAGGAGAGGAAGAUCACUGAGCUAAAGAACGUGCUCCAGACGCCCAUAGGCGAUCUGGAGCUACGUGUAAUGGUUGAGCGCGUGCUCAGCCAUUACUAUGACCUCUUCCACAUGAAGAGGGAGGCCGCGAGGGCCGACGCGUUCUACUUGGUCUCUGGCAUGUGGAGGACCUCAGUCGAGAGGUUUUUCCUGUGGAUCGGGGGCUUCAAGCCUUCAGAACUCAUCAACGUGGUUAUGCCUCAGCUGCAGCCUCUCACUGAUCAGCAAACGGCGAAUGUGGAUAACUUGAAGCACUUGUGCGUGCAGGCUGAGGACGCUCUGUCGCAAGGCAUGGAGAAGCUCCAACAGACCCUGGCGCAGAGCGUCACAUUUCUGGCCCCGGGAGCAGGGAACUACUGCUCCCAGACGGCCUUUGCCCUCGAGAACUUGGAGUCUCUUGAGAGUUUCAUAAACCAGGCGGAUCAUUUACGACAACAAACACUACAGCACAUGUCGCAUAUAUUGACUACGCGACAGGCAGCUAAUGGAUUGGUUGCAUUCGGGGAGUAUUUUCAGCGUCUGCGGACACUGAGCUCGCUCUGGUCCGCCCGUUGCCCGGGUGAACCAGCCUGAUGUGCGGUCGUGUCAAGGUUCGUGAAGCAGCAUUAGGUACAAGUUAAGCCACGGAUAUAAAUAUAUAGUAGAAGUUCUGUAAAUGAGAUAAAUCUUGUAGUUUUUGCUUAGUUGAGUAACGAUUUAUAAUCCAACCACUGCUAUAUUUUUAUGUGGCUUAUGUGCAUAUAUGAUUGAAGCAGUAA